AUGUGUAACUUGAUCGAUCCAUAUACUAUAUCAUCAUCAUUCAAUGAUAUUGGAGGUCUAGAUGAAAUCAUUCAAGAUAUAAAGGAUACUAUAUUCCUACCAUUGGACAAAGCAGUGCGUACCAACAACAGCACUCUAUUCAAACUACCUCGUGGUAUCCUAUUACAUGGUCCACCAGGUACAGGCAAGACUAUGCUGGCCAAGGCCAUUGCAAAGGAGGCCAAGUACUUCUUUUUGAACAUUAGUGAAGCAGUCAUCGAGAGCAAGUUCUAUGGUGAGACACCAAAGGUCAUUGCAGCAAUAUUCUCAGUCGCUCAGAAGUUACAACCAAUCAUUAUCUUCUUUGAUGAGAUCGACUCAAUGGUUGGCAAUCGUGAUCUUUUAACAUCAGAUCACAACAUUACCAAGAGAUCAACUCUAUUGCAGAUGUGGGAUGGUCUGACGACUUCAAACGCUAGGAUUGUUAUUAUUGGAGCAACAAACAGAUAUGAUUCAAUCGAUGAUGCAUUCAUCCGUAGACUACCAAAGAGGAUCAAAGUAGGCCUGCCAAACGAGGCAGCAAGAGAGAGAAUAUUGCGUAUUAUGUUGCGCAAUCACCAUGAUGAAGAUGUAGACUUUAAACAGCUGGCGCAGAAGACUGCUGGACUGUCUGGAUCAGACCUUGGAGAGAUCACAAGGGAUGCUUCCAAUGUUGCGCUAAAGAGGAGGAUUAAUGAUGAUGCCAAUGGAAACAGUACUCGCUCUAUCGACCAUAUACUCAACAGUGAUCACAUUGACGAUAAGAUUAAGAUAUCGAUGGCUGAUAUCAACUCAAUACUUGGCAAACAUCUUAAGAAUUUAACGCGUCAAUAA